AUGGCUAAAACUAUGCUUGAAGGACAGUCCCAAGAGGAAAGUCUUAAACUCAGGUCCGCCUGUGAGAACUGCCGGCAGUCUAAAGUGAAGUGCGACCUGUCUGGCAAGAAGAAAACAUGCAUUCGCUGUCUCCGAAAUGGUCUGCAGUGUCAAUAUCGAUUUGCGAACCGCUCCGGCAAACCAAAGGGCAGCAAGAACCGAGCCACGCUGAGGAGAAUUGGACAGGGGGCCCAGCAGGAUGGGUACAUCUUCCAUAUGGACUACAGCAAUGAAAAGGCUACCCUCGCUGUUGACCUCAUUUUCGGCGCCACAAAUGGAAGCCUCCCUAGCCCUGUAACAGAAGGUCCCGAGACACCCAUGUUGGCGGACGCCUUGUUUCCGUUUGACCAACUGAAAGACUGGGGAUAUGCAGCAAGCCCAAUAGAGCUCCUCCCAGACGUGAUGGAUUUCUCCAAAGAAACAGGCCUACCGGUUAUGUACGGCUGCGAGUGUCUCGAAAGCCAGCUCUUCCAUCUAGACCAAUUGAAGCAGCUGGCGGUGGAGACGACUCACCCACGGCUCGACCAAGCUCUGUCGAGGAUCAAGGCGGCCUUGAACAGUUGUCAGUUCUUCCUUGAAUGCACUCGAUGCCACAAGGAACAUGCAAAUAUUCUGGCAUCCUUCUCCAUCCUGGACUUUGCGCUGCACCUGUUUGAACAAUGGAGCAGCAGCCAGAAGGAGCAGGACGACAUCGCGGUCGUCCGGUACGGGGACUACGAGGCGGGUCCGGCUGAACGACACAGCAUCCGGGCGUUUAUUCUACGAGGAGUGCUAUACCAAUGCAAGCCUCUGUUGGAAAUGUUGCGAGAGCUGGACAGCUGUCGUUGUCAAAGCGCGCCGGAAAGUUGUCUGUAUCAUUUGGGCGUGCAGUACGGGACGAGAAUAGAUGUUUUAAAGUACGGACUCGCGACGCCAAGGAUUGCCCUUGCCCUGGCCGCCUCAGAGGGACGCCAACGGCGAACGGGGGUGGUGUAG